AUGUCGUGCUCCGUCGCGGUUUCGAACUCGCCGGUGUUUUCGCCGCCGUCGUCUCUGUUCUGCAACAAGUCGUCUAUGAUCUCUCCAUCCCCAGAAACCCUAACCCUAGCGACGUCGUCGUCGUCGGACGCGAUGGUUUCAUGUUCAUCUCCGUCGUCGCCGUUUCGGCUUCGGAUCCCGAAGCCUCUGAGCGGGCUUUCAGCUUCGGGUCCGGGUUCUCCGGUGACGCAGUUGAAGAGGAAGAGGCCGGCGAAGCUUUAUAUUCCGGUGGUGUCAUCGAGCUUUGGGGAUGCUCCGGCGAUGGAGUCCCCUGCGGCGAGGAGAGAGGUUGUUGAGGCAGACAGAGAAGGGUACUAUUAUGUGUCUUGCAAGAGAGGAAGAAGAGAGGCUUUGGAGGAUCGAUACUCUGCUACUCUUAAUCUUCAAGGUGAUCCCAAACAGGCAAUUUUUGGUGUAUUUGAUGGGCAUGGAGGUGCAAAAGCUGCUGAGUUUGCAGCAGAGAACUUGGCAAAGAACAUUUUAAAUGAAGCUGUGAGGAGGGAUGAUGAUGAAAUCGAGGAAGCGGUCAAGCAUGGUUACCUAAAUACAGACUCUGAUUUUCUUAAAGAGGAUUUUCGUGGUGGAUCAUGCUGUGUGACUGCUGUGAUCAGGAAUGGUAACCUUGUUGUGUCUAAUGCCGGAGAUUGCCGUGCUGUCUUGAGCACAGGAGGUGCUGCUGAGGCUCUCACAUGUGAUCAUCGGCCAUCAAGGGAAGACGAGAAAGUCAGAAUUGAGAACUUGGGUGGCUUUGUUGAUUUAAGCCAUGGUGUUUGGAGAAUUAAUGGAACUCUAGCUGUAUCUAGAGGAAUUGGAGAUAGGCACCUUAAACAAUUUGUAACACCAGAACCAGAGACCACAGUGGUUAGAAUCAAACCUGAACACGAGUUCUUAAUCAUGGCUUCAGACGGAUUAUGGGAUAAGGUUAGCAACCAGGAAGCAGUGGAUGUUGUUCGUCCUUCAUGCUUAGGCAUUGAUGGGCAACCUCUGUUGGCUUGUAAAAAGCUGAUAGAACUUUCGGCAUCACGAGGCUCUUGCGAUGAUAUUAGCGUGAUGGUAGUCCCGUUGGGGCUCUACGUAUGA